AUGUCGGCGUCAAGUAGGGGGUCGCGGGCCGCCGUGCCUCUCCUGAGGAGAGCGCCUCAGAUAUGCACGCGAUGCGCCCACAGACAAGUCAGCCGGCCAGUAGAAUCAAGACGGGCAUACUCAGCCUCGCCCACGACGAUGCCCGUCGAGACGAACGUCACCACCCCGCCGGCCGACCCCAAGCUCGUGCCGGAGCUCCAGAACAACCACCCGAAGAAGCUGCACAGCCUGCGGGCGGGCGUGAUCCUCUCGCGGCCGCCGCUGCUGACGCGCGAGCAGACCCCCUUCGAGCAGUCCUUCUACCUGUACCAGAAGCGCCUCAACGAGCGGCUCGCGACGCCCUUCUCGCGGCAGUUCUACUUCAAGCCGGGCCAGCCCGCGACCAUCGACUUCGCCAUCAAGUGGGCCGAGCGCGGGCACACCAUGGAGCGCGGCAUCGGCCGCGUCGCCCGCUCGGGCAAGUGGGCCUGGGACGACGAGCUGCUCGCGGGGGGCCAGGGGGAGAAGCUCGCCGACCCGGCCGCCCUGCGCGAGGCGCUCUACACCGACGCCGAGAGCCGCGUCUCCGAGGACGGCGAGCGCCUCAGCUUCGAGGACCGCCUGCGCGUCGAGAGGCCGUUCCCCCGCCGCACCGAGGCCGACCGCGCCGGCGACGUCAGGAGGCUCGACCGCGCGCUCGACCGGACGCUGUACCUCGUCGUCAGGAAGGAUGGCCUGUGGCGCUUCCCGCAGGACGACGUGUGGCCGGACGAGGGCUUGCACGAGACCGCCGCGCGCGCCCUGGCCGGCUCCGCAGGCGUCAACAUGAACACGUGGAUGGUGGGGCGAGCACCGGUCGCCCACGAGCACAGGGAGCCCGUUUACACGGGCGGCCGAGAGGGCGAGGCCGAGGAGAGGCGCAUCAAGACGUACGGACGGGACGUCUUCUACCUGCGGGCGCGCAUCCUGGCCGGCCAGGUCGACCUGGCCGACAACAAGUGGGGCGUUACCGACUUCAAGUGGCUGACAAAGGACGAGCUGGCGGGUGCCAUCAGCCAGCAAACCAUGCACAGCGUCAAGGACUCCAUGCCUGCGCGGUAG